GGUGGCUGAAUUGCUAAGAGUACAUGCCCUGUAGUGUUGUUUCGUUCACUUUGAGAAGUGAGGCAGAGUGGGAGGGAGAAAAGAGUAAGCAACAGCUACAGAGUGCAAGAGGGAGGGAGGUAUGUCAUACACUGGACUACAACCAGUAUGCGUUUGGGAGGCAGACACUACCGCGACUUUGCAAAGCACUGAGCUGUAGUUCAUCCUUAAAAAGUUUGGCAGAAGUUUCAAGAAAAGGUUUGACUCAGCUGUUUGUGCAGGAUCUUUUGCUGGCACGGCAGAGCCCUGUAGACGGGAGGAGAGGGAGGGACCUGAAGAGGAGUGCCCGGUAUUACUGCCCACCACACUGGCUGGCAGCAUGGGUGAAGAGGGGCCUCCCAGUCUGGAGUACAUCAAGGCCAAGGACCUGUUCCCCCAGAAGGAGCUGGUGAAGGAAGAUGAAAGCCUUCAGGUGCCAUUCCCAGUUCUUCAGGGGGAAGGGGUGGAAUAUCUUGGCUGUGCCGAUGAAGCCAUCAUCGCCAUUUCAAACUACAGACUCCACAUCAAGUUCAAGGACUCUGUCAUCAAUGUGCCGCUUAGGUUGAUAGAAAGUGUGGAGGGCAGAGAUAUGUUCCAGCUGCACAUCAUCUGCAAAGACUCCAAAGUUGUCAGAUGCCACUUUGCAACAUUUAAGCAGUGCCAGGAGUGGGUGAAGCGUCUGAACAGGGCCAUAGCCCACCCUUCCCGGCUGGAGGACCUGUUCGCCCUGGCUUAUCACGCGUGGUGUCUCGGUGGCAGCGCCGACGAUGAAGACCAACACGUCCAUCUUUGUCGUCCAGGGGACCACGUACGUCACAGAAUGGAAAUGGAGGUUAGGAGGAUGGGCUUCGACACACAGAACGUUUGGCGAGUGUCUGACAUCAACUGCAACUACAAGUUGUGCUCCAGCUACCCGCAGAAGCUUCUGGUUCCAAUAUGGAUCACUGAUAAAGAGCUGGAGAGUGUGGCUUCCUUCAGGUCCUGGAAGAGGAUCCCUGUGGUGGUUUACAGGCAUCAGAAGAACGGGGCAGUGAUCGCUCGUUGCAGCCAGCCUGAGAUUAGCUGGUGGGGCUGGAGGAACACUGAUGACGAGUACCUGGUGACGUCCAUCGCUAAGGCCUGUCAAAUGCACACUGGAGCCAAGGGGACACCGGCCAGCCGACGAGGGGAAGCUCCCGACUCGUCAGACAGUGACUUUGACUCCUCUCUGACAGGCGGCACUGGCUGCGAUGACAACACCGUCCCACAGAAGCUGCUGAUUCUGGAUGCCCGCUCAUACACUGCUGCAGUGGCAAACCGGGCCAAGGGAGGAGGAUGUGAAUGUGAAGAGUACUACCCAAACUGUGAGGUAAUGUUUAUGGGAAUGGCCAACAUCCAUGCCAUCCGCAACAGCUUCCAGGCUCUGAGAGCAGUCUGCAGUCAGAUUCCGGAUCCAGGAAACUGGCUGUCUGCACUCGAGAGCACCCGUUGGCUGCAGCAUCUGUCUGUCAUGCUGAAGGCAGCCACUCUGGUGUGUUCAGCAGUGGAGCGGGAAGGCCGGCCCGUCCUGGUGCACUGCUCAGAUGGCUGGGACCGCACGCCCCAGAUAGUAGCCCUCGCCAAGAUUCUGUUGGACCCUUACUACAGGACAUUAGAGGGAUUCCAGGUGCUUGUGGAGACUGAGUGGUUGGACUUUGGCCACAAGUUUGGGGACCGCUGUGGCCACCAGGAGAACACAGAUGAUGUGAGCGAGCAGUGCCCCGUCUUCCUGCAGUGGCUGGACUGCAUUCACCAGCUGCUCAAACAGUUCCCCUGCUUGUUUGAGUUCAACGAGGCCUUCCUGGUCAAGCUGGUGCAGCACACUUACUCAUGUCUUUACGGCACAUUUCUGUGUAACAAUGCUCGUGAGAGGGAGGCGAGGAACAUCUAUAAGCGCACCUGCUCUGUGUGGUCACUGCUUCGCACAGGAAACAAGAACUUCCAAAACUUCCUCUACAUCCCCAGCCAUGAUAUGGUGCUGCAGCCAGUCUGCCAUACUCGGGCACUACAGCUGUGGACAGCUGUGUACCUGCCCACCUCCUCCCCCUGCACUGCUGUGGACGAAUCUGUGGAGCUCUACCUCCCUCCGUGCGUCACAGGAGACGAGCUCACCUCCCGUUCCCUGGACAGACUUCCAAAGACCCGCUCCAUGGACAACCUGCUGUCAGCUUUUGAGAAUGGGAUGCCCCUGACACGCACGUCCAGCGACCCUAAUCUCAACAAGCACUGCCAGGAGGGUCGCUCCGCUCUGGAUGACUCGCCUGCCACAGAAGACACAUCUGCCGAUGGCUCCGAUGAGGUUAUCUCUGAUGCUGGAGUGGAGACGCAAUCUGCUCAUCAGAGUCCUGCCAAGACCCCAGAGGGUGACCUGGGUGCAGAGGGCGCUGAAGACAAACUGGAGGAGCCUUGUCUUACUACACAGCCGUUGCCCUCUCCACCACUUCCCCCAGUGUCUGUUAUCACAGACGUCACACUCACACAUUCACAUACUGUCUUCUACACUCCGGUCCUCCAAGCUUUGCCUCAAAUCACAAACCCUCCUCUCCCACCACCUCCACUGGAGGAUGAGAUCCCAUGUAGGACUCCUGAGAGCACCGUGUCACCCACUCAUAAAUCAGAGCCAUGUUUACCUCUUCCAUGCAAGAACACUCAACCUGCAGCCAACACACCCACCUCGCUGCUUGAUGGACAACUUGAUGGUCAAGCAAAUGGCCUCCCGGAGUCAGCCAGUCUGCUGGCUCCUAAGCAGCAGACAUCACUGCUGCCCAUGGAGGACUCCACUGAGACUCUUACGGAUGAGGGAGAGCUUCCCCCCACGUUACCUUCCACAGUAAGCUCAAAUCAUUUAAAUGAUGAGGAGGAGGAGCCGGAGUCACAGCCACAUGUUCACCCUCAGAAAGACAAGGAGGACAUGAGGACUGAUGUCGCAAAAGGACGUGAGCAGAUGUCGGCAGACUGCACCCAGGUAACCACUCGCCAUCUGAUCUCCCAGAGCCAGCUCUCAGACCUGUCUCUGCUGGGCUCUCACUGGGACAGCGUCCAGGGUCUGGUCCAGUCUGCCUACAGUCAUUCUGCUGUCAGCCGAGCCCUGCAGCCCAACACCUACCAGAACCGCCGGCUUGCCAGUAAACUCCUCCGUGCCCAGGGCUUCAAUAUUGCCAGUGGGUCUCAGUGCUGCCGCAGGGAGGCUCUUUGUUGUCCCAGCAGCCCUCUGCAGGCUGGUUGGCUGUCUGCUGCCAGGAACGCGGGCUACAACGGCCUGUGCGGACCUGCCAUCGCUGCCCUCAACAGCUACUCUCUGGCAGGCCAUCAAGUUCUGCCGGCUUCUUUUUCCUCUCCCUCCGCUUCAAGCUCCCCUCCCCCGCCUCACACUCCGGCUUACCUUGAUGACGACGGGCUACCGGUGCCAAUGGAUGCUGUGCAACAGAGACUGCGACAGAUUGAGGCAGGUUACAAGCAGGAGGUGGAGGUGCUGCGGCAACAGGUGCGACAGCUGCAGAUGAGGCUGGAGAGUAAACAGUACGCCACCCCUCCCUCAGAGCCAGACAUCGACUACGAGGAUGACAUUACGUGUCUGCGGGAGUCAGACAACAGCAACGAGGAGGAUUCUCUGUCCACCCACAGCGAGGACCGUCUGUCCGAGGGCAGCUGGGAUCGAGUGGAGCGCAAGGACACAGAGGUCACGAGGUGGGUGCCGGACCACAUGGCCUCCCAUUGUUUCAACUGUGACUGUGAGUUCUGGAUAGCCAAAAGACGUCACCACUGCAGAAACUGUGGUAAUGUGUUCUGUAAAGACUGUUGUCACCUGAAGCUGCCCAUCCCAGACCAGCAGCUGUACGACCCGGUGCUGGUCUGCAACACCUGCCAUGACCUGCUGCUGGAGUCCCGCACACGCGAGAUCCGCAGCCAGCAGCUCAAGAAGGCCAUCGCCACAGCCUCCAGCUGAGAGAAGCGCAGCUAGCGUGGCCCGCCUCUGCUCUGUCCGAUGAGCCGAGCGCCCCGUCCUAAGCUCAACCUGCUGUCGUUUCAGCCGCGGGGGCGAACAAUGAGGAGUUGUUUCUCUUUGAGAGGCUCAGUUUUGAAACAGAGAUGCACCGAGACUGGAAGGAUGAAGAAAGAGUUGGAUGGAAGCAUGUUAGCAGGUGGUGGGGGGGGAGGGGUGGUUCCUUGCAGAACAAAACCCCCUUAUGUUCAAAGACAUUUUUCAGCCUGGAGUGCUGCAGCGUCCUGCUGCCUCCGCAUGGCUCAGUCCUCUUAACAGUUCCCUGUGUGAGAAACGUCUCUAACCUGCCCCUCCCCACCCUUUUGGUCCCAAACACCUGCACCCUCCUGACAGACUCUGUCUCGCACUUCAGAGGACAAUCGCUCGCCCUUCAAUGUGUUGGGGACUCCAAAAAGCCUUUACCUGUACUACCGGAGGCUUUCAUCUUUAAAAAUUGCUGCUACAGUAUUUAAAAGUCUAAUUUUAUAUUCUUAUUUUGUGCACUAAUAGCUGUCGUGUAUUUGAGGGAAAUUGAGACCAAACUUGAGAAAAAAGGGAGAAAUCUGCUGUUUACUUUGCAUCUUUGAUUUUUAGAGCCUGAAUGUAACGUGCUGGGCUAACUGGAUGGAAUUAAUGUUAAAGUGCAUUUGGUGGGUCGUUUAAAUGUUCAUUGCUGCAAUGUGUUCUCAAAAUGGUGUAUGCACAGUCAACGUGGUUCUGUCUAUCAAUGCUUUUCUCCAAUAUGGCCCUGUUGCAUCGUUAGAUGUUGUGAGGACUGCAUUUUUGUUAUUGGACGUAAAGGAAGAGGACAAAUCCAGUUGGGAGAUGGCGAUGGCUGUUUUUUUUUUUUUUGUUUUGUUUUGUUUUGUUUUCUUUUGUGAUGUGACCGAGGGAACAUCCUAAAGCUUUGUGCUGAGGCUCUUGUGCUUGAAUGGCUCAAUGUCCACAUAAAGCUUGAUGUCCAGCUAACUGAUGACUCCUCAGACUGGGAACUGUCAGUGAAGACCCCUCGAGGAGAAGACUGAACUGCAGGCUUGGAUUUUUGCUUUGUUUCACUAGGGGACCUUGGCUACAGUCCCCUUUUAAAAUAUGUUUGUGUCUACUGGUGGUUUCUUGCGACAAUAGUGCCAUAUUUAGUUUUGUCCAUUUUUUGGAGCCUUUUUCUUUCUUAUGGACAGCAGCAGUUUUCUAAUUGGCCACAUCUGUGUAUGUUUUAAUAGUGCAGAUACUUAGUUGCUGAAUAACACUGAGACAACUAAAGAAUAACAGAUGGUUAGAUAACAAGAGUGAUGGGAUAUCACCGUAAUUAGUAAACCUUUGUGGUUAUCCAUCGUCUAAUAUUUGGGAUGAUUUUUAUGCACAGAGUUGAGGUCAAAAUCUUCAAAAAGGAGCUCAGAAAUGUAACAUACAUAGUUAUCUGAUCAGUAGUGGUGGCUAAAACCUGUCACUUAAAGAAUAAUUGUUGUAAAGAAAUGCACUGUAAAAGUUAAAUCCAAUGGGUUAAAAUAAAAGAGUAUAUCAAU